GCCGCUGGCGCGCGGCCCCUCAUGGCCAAGCGGCGCGCGGAGCCGCUGAUGUGUCACGUGCCCGUGAAGCGGCUGCUGCGCGAGCCGGCGCUGCCCCGCGCGGGCGAGCGGCGGCCCCGGGCAGAGCCGGGAGGAGCGGGCCCCGCCGCGCCCAAGCGCCCGCUGGAGGAGGCGGAGGCGCCGCCGGGAAAGCGGAUCGGUCCCGGCGCCCCUCGUGCGCAGCCGGGGGAUGCGGGCGGCGGGCGGCGGCGGCGCGGCGGGACCGCGGCGCCCCGGGACGCGCCGGCGGCGGAGGGACGGGCGGGCGGCCGGGGUGAAGAGCGGGCCGCCGUCCCCGCAGAGCAAGAAGAAGAAUUCUGUCAGUAUAACUCAUUCCUGUAUUGGAGAGCACCACUGCCUGCAGUUGAUUUGUCUGAUAUUCAGAGCUUAGAUGAAGAGACUCCAUCAGGUGCUAAAGCUGCUGCAAGGACUGAUACCACAGAGACUGAGAUGGAAACCUGAUCAGUUGUUUCAUACCUGUGCAUCUAUUCCUGGGAAACUUGUUUCCAUUGAGAUUCAGGUUUUGUUCCUUGGAUGAAUAAUAAGUAAGCUUAUGCUGUCUUGGAGAAACUGUUGUGGCAGUCUUUAAAAGCAAAUCUGAGUUGCCUUAGUGGAUGGGAUAAAUGGUAUUGGGUACUUAACAGUAAGCUGUCUGGAGGUGUGCAGUAAGGAGGAGCCAACAGAGUCUAACAAGAGUACUUGAAAACAUAGAGGCAGACUGAAAGAAGAAUACAUAAAAUUGGAACUUUGGGCAGCAAUUAAAAGAAAUGGGGAUAUGUUACAUGUUGAUAUGAAAUGCAAAAUUAUUUUGUCCUUAACAAAAAAAUAUGUGGUACCUGAAAGUGAAAUACGUAACGUGAAUUUAUCAUAAAGCACACAAACUA